AUGGUUGGGUUUCGUCGUGGAGAUGCCGUCAAGUCUAAUAACGAUGUUUUCUCCCUCGAUUGUUAUAAGACCCGCCCUGCCCAACAUUAUUCCUCAACAACUCCAAACCACUUUACUCACUCGUCACUCGUCACUCCUCGCUUCUCGCCCUGUUCUCUGUUUUUUUUUCUUCUUCCUGGAAAAAUGUCCAACUGCAACAAGAUCCGUCACAUUGUCAGGAUCCGGCAGAUGUUAAAGCACUGGCGUAAGAAGGCCCGUGUGGCCGCCUCCCGUGCGCCUUCCGAUGUUCCUGCUGGACACGUGGCGGUGUGUGUCGGGACCAGUUGCAAGAGGUUUAUCGUGCGCGCAACGUACCUGAACCACCCAAUCUUCAAGAAACUCCUCGUACAAGCCGAAGAGGAGUACGGGUUCAGCAACGUUGGCCCGUUGACCAUCCCGUGUGAUGAGUUAAUGUUCGAAGAGGUUCUCCGGGUCAUGGCCCGAACUGAAUCCGGUAAAUCGGGUCGCUACUUGAGUCUGGAGGAUUUUCAUAGGUGUUGCCACGUCAGCAUGAGGGAUAACCUUCAGUUUUUCAGUGAAUCAGGGCCGUUGCUUCGCGGGUUUGCCGAUAAUAAAUCAGUAUAUUAAAAGGAGCGACUCGAUGUGGAAAAGCUAGCUCCGGGCUGAGUUGACUCAGCCGAGUCACCGAGUUGUGGGAGGAAGACUAACAAACAGAUCAACAUAUUUUGAGUUUGAAAUUGUUAGGAGAUAAUAUUAAUUAAUUAUUU